GUAUAUUCCUCAGCGGUCUAUGGCAUGGUCACACCGCCCAUGAUAAAGUUUCCUUAAAUAAUAAUAAUAACACAAUAUAGCCGAAAAUAAUGCACAAAUAACGUGAUCCCAAAGAACCUGCGCGGUGAACCACUAGCUGUAGCAUGGAUAAACUCCGCGGCGGCUCUCUGGUCGGCGGUGGAUCCUCCAGCGGCGCGGGAUCGACGACUCCGGGUCAAGAGCAACAGCAACUGGAGCAGUAUCAGUACCCCAAAAAUCUGAUCGAGCAAUAUCUUAGGGCCUCCAGCAAGAUCAAGAAGUUCGAGCGAGCCGGCUUCUUCAAACGCUUUGCGCCCAGCGUGGUCGAUGUGCAGGCAGACUUCCAGCGACUUGCCUACAGCUUCGAGGAGUCGGGCAUCCAGCAGUACGCGGCCAUGUGCCACAUUGGGUAUGCGAAGUGCGAGUCCUACGGCGGCGCACCGCAGCGCGAAUCGGAGGCCUAUCUGCGGGCAGCGAGAUCUUUUCUGGCGGCGCACAACGAAUCCGGGCAGCUACAUCUGCGCACCCGCCACUCGGGAUUUCGGGAGGGAGCGCUCCACUGCUAUCACCGUGCGGCGGAUCGGGCGGUGGACGGUUGCGUCUUCAAGGCGGCCAUUCUGCGGGAGUUAAAGCAGCUUCAGCGCCAGCUGGACAGCACCAGCAGCUUCGCCUCGCCCACCCAUCAGAUCCACGACCUGGAAAUCAGCGCCGAGACGAGUGGCCAGCGCGGCGAUUUCCGCAGUGCUCUGCAGCACUACGACGACAUUGUGGAUAAUGUUUACGAGCGACGCGGUGCUCGCAUGUACGGUGAACUAUUGCGGCGCGUGGAGGUACUGCGUCUACUGCUCCUAGUCCAUUUGAACCUGCCUCCCGCACGCCAGUCACCUGCCCACAUCAAGCUGAUCGAGUACUACUACAAUCUGGCACAGUUUGAGUCUAGUCCGUGCUCGGCGGACGACGGGGGAUCAGCGGAGCGUCCGGGAGCAUUUGUGCCCGAACAGCAGCAAUAUGCGCUGGCGGAGAUUACGUGUGCCUGGGUGGAGCGGAAAAUGUGCGAUCUAAAGCACCUACUGCGCGAUUUUGCAGCUGAAUUCGGAUCUUUGAGCGGCAUGGAAAGGCAGCUACUGACGGCGAUGCACGCGGAACUGGCCAGGAGCUACUAGAAAAUAGACCUAAGAUCGUACUGUACAUUAUUUACUACUGGAUCAUUACCACUGAAUAGCACAUGUAACUAUCGCUUAAGUGUAACCAAGUCUACCAACUAACCUUUGAACGUGCCUACACGCAUAAAAAUUAAAAAUUAAACGAAAGAGCAGGUGAAUGCAGCAAUAAAGAGCAGGUGCGAAACGCACUGAAAUGUAAUAGGAUUUGAGCGAUCACGCUUGAGAUUUGUACAAUAAAGGAAUGCGAAUGAUAAUGCGGAGAUAAAGAUGACUAACAAACAAAGUUGUUUUCAAUCAAUCCAAUAGAUGUUCUAUAAACCAUUAAUAAAGAUGCCAAGGGAUUUGCAAUAUUUUGGUCAUUUAAUUUGUUUAUUUACCUUGUCAAGCAACUUCUGUUUUUUUUCUUGCAAUUUCUCAAUUAAGUUAGCUAAUUAAUGCAACACUUUUCGGGUGCCACAACUGAUAUUCAGAAUCUAAUCGCAUAGAUUUCUACAUCGCAUUGUAUGUUUCGUGAUUUCUUUGUGUUUGCUUACAAAACGUUUUGUUUUUCGCUGGAGUUUACAAUUCCAAUUUGUUAAAUAACCUAUAAUAUCUGUUUGUUUAUGUAAUUUGUAAAUUUUCAUAUAUGUAUAUUAUAUAUAUGUACGUUUCAUGUAA